ACCAUUCAGAACCCUCUGUUUCAUGCUCGGAAAUAACCCACCAUUUUAUGAUGUACCUCCUAGAGAUGCCUGCCGGGUGAAAGCUAGCCUGUCGCCACAUCAGGCGCCACGAAGGGCGACUAGCGUCAGGCUCUGCCCCAUGGCUCCCCCCUUUCUCCUCCACUCCACGCCAAAGGGAUUCAAAGCGCCCACUCACACAACGCCAACAAGGCUCGACCGGUUCCAACGGCUUGGGGCUCGAUCUGCCCUGUUUGAAGCCAUUCUACAGGGCUAUCAAUCUCGAAACACAGCCCACUUAGCUCCCUGGCUGGGACGCUGGCGGUGAUCUGCACCGUUUGGUCUGCCAGACCAACCUGUCUUGGACAGGAGAGAAGCCCAGGUCCUCAACAAAACGGUGGGCUUGGUAGCCCCCAUCUAGCUUGAUGGGUGCUUUGUCUCGUCUGGCCUGGGUGGCAGGUUUGACGGUUGCUUCAGUCUUUGUCUGCAAGAGGCUGCUCUCACGAUGGCGACGCCAUGGCAUGCCGCUACCCCCAAGCCCUCCUGGGGAGUUUAUAUUGGGUCACCUACGUGUUAUUCCUACCUUUAACCCCGAAAAUGCAUACAUGGCUUGGUCCAAAAAGCUAAAGUCUGACAUUCUAUCGGUCAAUUUUCUCGGACAAACUGCCAUUAUCCUUAACUCGGCGCGCUCUGCUACUGAGCUACUCGAUAGGCGUGGCGCCAACUACGGUAACCGCCCCCAUUUUGUCCUUUUUGAGAUUAUGGGAUGGACGAAAGCCCUUACAUUUCUUCAAUGGGGCCCCGAAUUUCGCUUACACCGGAAAGUGCUACAAAAGAGCUUCCAAAAUAGCAAUAUCAUCAAAUAUCGGCCGUUACAAGAGCGAGAAGCGCAGAUCAUGCUGCAGGGUCUUCUUGAUGAUCCUGACUCUUGGGAAACCAUCACACGCCGAUUUGCUACCGCUAUUGUUUUAAGUAUUGCGUUUGGCAUUCGGAUUGAGAAACAAGACGACAUCUUUAUUCAGGUCGCUGCCGAUGCAAGCUAUGCCCUGACUAAUGGUGGCGCACCAGGCGCUACGCCAGUCGACUUUUUCCCAUUUCUGAGGUUUCUGCCUCGCUUUUUCCAUGAUUCAUCACUACGAGUCGCUAAUGAUUGGCGCUGGGCAAUUGAUAAUCUCCACAACAAGCCUUACGACGCAGCGCUAGCACUGCCUGUUAAGAAUGAGUCCCUGGUCAACUCGCUAUUGGAUCAGCGACAGUCCGAAAUCGACAAUGGGCAAGUGCCAGAGCUUGGGUUAGAUGACAUUAAAGGUGCUGCUGGUGCUGUUUUUGCUGCUGGCCAAGAUACGACUUGGGCUACACUCACGGCGUUCCUCAUCAACAUGCUACUUCAUCCUGCGGUCCAGUGUAAGGCUCAAGCCCAACUGGAUGAGGUGGUUGGAAGAGACAGGCUACCUGAUUUCAGUGAUAGGCCAAAGAUGCCCUACUUGGAGUAUGUCGUUCAAGAGGUAUUUCGCUGGUGUCCAGUCUCACCGAUCGGCGUACCGCACAAGUCGCUGAAAGACGACAUCUAUGAAGGCUACUUUAUCCCGGCAGGUUCCCUAGUCUUUGCCAAUGCCCGAGCAAUGACUCAUGAUGAGUCGCUCUACCAGAACCCUGAUGAAUAUGAGCCUGAGCGUUAUAUUCCUGAGGCAGAAGGAGGCCGUGGUGAACCACUUCCAAAAGGCCACUUUGGCUUCGGUAGAAGAAUCUGUAUCGGCAGGCAUCUCGCAGAGGCCAGUGUCUGGAUUUUUGUUGCUCGAGUCCUCAGCACUAUGAAUUUGAAAAAGGCUGUCGAUGAAAACGGCGAAGAGAUUACCCCAACUGUUAAUCUUACUAGUGGUCUGACGAGCCACCCCAAAGACUUCCCUUGUCGCUUUGAGCCACGAGAUGAAAGAAGCAUUGAGAUUAUUCGCGGUAUGUCUGUCUAACUUAUAGCAUAUAUGUACUUUUACAAAGCAUCAGCGUGCGUGUUACUGUUAGUGUUUAUAAUAUAACUUUUGUAUUUAUUGGCCG